AUUGUAGUAAAAAAGUGACAGUUGGUACCAUUAAAGUAAUUUCUAAUUAUUUUACUUUCAUGUGGCUAUCUGGUGACAAAGAUAGACAUAUAGCAGCAUAUGAAAUACCUAAUUUUGGGAAAUCAAAAAAUAUUCAAUUUUUGAUAUUAAAAAACUUCUGA